AUAAAAUCCGGAUAAUCAUAUCUAUUCUUUGAUUUGAGUCAUCAACAGUAUGUUACAAUAAUUAAAGUCGCCUUCUUUUGUUUUAGGUUUGGAAGGAGAACAAGGAGAACUUAAUAUUAAUGGAAAGAUAUCAUUUCUUUGCUUCAAGUUGUAAACAAUUUGGCCUCAACUCCAAUUCACUUGCAGAACUAAGAAUUGAUGAAAGUGAGACUGAGGGAGCUCUUGCUACUGUUCUUAAAGUUCUACAACGGAUCCACAGUUUAUUCUUUGGCUUGGAACACGAGGACAAUCUAGAGAGCCAAGAUGUGAGGCUGUUACUAAAAACUGUUCGUCAAGAAGUUUUAAAGGGUUGUGAAGUUAUCUUCAGCUCUGAUAUCGCAACUACUUUCAAGGAUGAACAUCAGAGGCUAUGGGAAAUGGCAGAGCAACUUGGAGCUAGAUGCUUGACAGAACUUGACUCCUCUGUAACGCAUGUGGUGUCAAUCGAUGCAGGAACGCAUGAGUCUUAUUGGGCGAUGCAAGAGAGUAAAUUUUUGGUCCAUCCAGGAUGGAUUGAAGCUGCCAAGUACACGUGGCAAAAGCAGCCUGAAGAAAACUUCCGUGUUAGUUUAAGCCAAAAAUAAAUGAUUCGAUAAUUCUUCUAGGUUUAGUUCUGUAAAUUUACACCUUUCGAUUGAUUUUGGUGCAUCACUUUGAACGGAGUGGUGCUUCGUAGAGAUUCAUGCUUGUGCAUAUUGAUUUUAUAAAAUGUAGAGUUUAUGCUCUUACAUAUUGAUCUGUUAAAAUGGAGAUUAUGGCCCCGUU